AUGAAACUCGAGCAGCAUGUCAACAGUGCACGUCUCGGAGUGUCAAGUGCCAUGGAACGGCCUGAGUGGUUCGACGGCGAGCCGCUGGAGCUGCAGCUUCGCAACGAGAUCAAGACGGAGGUGAAGAGGAAUUUCAGAUUGAUCAAGAGACGAGGGGCAAUGCGAGGAGUUUCCGCUCCUUCCAAGCCCACCAACAAACGAGAUUCGGCGUUCCCGGCAUGGCAAGAUGUGAACCAGGAACUAGAAGUGGUGGGACGGGCUGAAGCCUGUCCUGUCGAUUUUACAGCGCCGACGCGGUCGGUGUCUCGUGAAUCAACAGCCACACAGACCUCGACAACGGAGAGGGAGAUACCCUUACGAGAGGAUCCUACCUGUACCCAGAGCAGAGUCACGGUCGAGAGCAGCGAGUCGGCACUCGGACCCAAGACUCUCAGUUAUCGAGAUGCCGAGCUCUUGAUGCAUUACGUUGAUCAUGUUUUCCCGCGCCAGUUUCGCUUCCACACGCAGGAUAUCAACCGCUGGGGAGGUCGUGGCUGGCUGCUUUGGUUGCUGACCAAGACCGGCCAUCUUUGCCACGCAGCGCUCAGUCUGAGUGCGCUGCAUCAAUGCAUUCUCCACUUCCACAGCCAUGGUCAUAAGCAGAUCGAGGUGUUGGCCUGCGGGGUCUCCUUGAUAAGUUUUGAGCUAUAUUGUGGCGGUGUGAGCGAUUGGAAACCCUAUCUGAGCGCUCUUGUUUCGAUUGUCACGGCCCUCGAACAUGAUCCGUCCAUUGUCCAGGAAUCUCCUCGGAUGGAAGACUCCGCCAUACCGUUCCUCGUAGCAGUCGUACUGUGGUUCGACCUGGUCUCGUGUGCAUCGAUCGGGACCGCGCCGUGUCUGGACCAAGGAAUCGAUCUGGAAAGGAUUAUGGGCUGCCAGAACUGGGCGAUGAUGGCAAUCGGAGACUUGGCCACGCUGAAUGCUUGGAAAAACCAUGCUCGGCAUGCGGGGACCUUGGACGUUGGCGACCUGGCAGCCAGGAGGCAGGCAAUCGAGCAUCAGCUCAAACAGAUCCGCAGUUCGGUCGACCGAGCGAUCAGGGCUUUGGAGCAGAUCACAGACGUUCAAGACGUGCGUGGCCUGAUAUGGCCGGUGCGCAUUGCUGGUUGUAUGGCGGUCGAAUCACAACAGUCAUUCUUCGAAACCCUGAUCGGAAAUGUGCUCGGAGACGUCGAGCGCGAUUUUGGGAACGUGGCGACAAUUCUACGAAUCAUGAAACAUUGCUGGCACUUAAAGCAUCAACAAACGGAUCAGGAAUGGAACUGGGAACGUGUGAUGGCCGAAUUGGAUAUCUGUGCACUGCUGGUCUAG